AAUGAUCUUUUUUUCUCUUAGAAAUGGUUGAAUCAAUGAAGAAAGUGGCUGGCAUGGAUGUGGAGUUGACAGUGGAAGAAAGAAACCUGCUGUCUGUUGCAUAUAAAAAUGUGAUUGGAGCUAGAAGAGCUUCCUGGAGAAUAAUCAGCAGCAUUGAACAAAAAGAAGAAAACAAGGGUGGUGAAGAUAAACUAAAAAUGAUUCGGGAAUAUCGACAAAUGGUUGAGACGGAGCUGAAGUUAAUCUGUUGUGAUAUUCUGGAUGUACUGGACAAACACCUCAUUCCAGCAGCUAACACUGGCGAGUCCAAGGUUUUCUAUUAUAAAAUGAAAGGGGACUACCAUAGGUAUCUGGCUGAGUUUGCUACAGGAAAUGACAGGAAGGAGGCAGCAGAGAAUAGCCUGGUGGCUUAUAAGGCUGCUAGUGAUAUUGCAAUGACAGAACUUCCGCCAACGCACCCCAUCCGCUUAGGUCUUGCUCUCAACUUUUCUGUAUUCUAUUAUGAAAUUCUUAAUUCUCCUGAUCGUGCCUGCAGGUUGGCAAAAGCAGCUUUUGAUGAUGCUAUUGCAGAACUGGAUACGCUGAGUGAAGAAAGCUAUAAGGACUCUACGCUUAUCAUGCAGUUGUUACGUGAUAACCUGACACUAUGGACUUCAGACAUGCAGGGUGAUGAUUCCUAAAACGAAGCCCAACUGUUCAUUUCCUAAAAAUCUACUUUGUAAGUCCUCACCGUGGCUCAGUGACUUUUUCAAUUUAUAAUUUCUCUUGUCACUAACCAUGCCUGCUUACCACUGUCCUGCUCCUGAUAAAUUGCUUGUAUCUCUGACU